AUGUCGUCCAGCAAAGGGGCGGGGGCUGGAGCUCGCCGGCGGCGGACGCGGUGCCGGAAGUGUAAAGCUUGCCUGCGGUCGGAGUGUGGGGAGUGCCACUUCUGCAAGGACAUGAAGAAGUUUGGGGGGCCCGGGCGCAUGAAGCAGUCGUGCCUCCAGAGGCAGUGCACGGCGCCAGUUCUACCUCACACAGCUGUGUGCCUGGUGUGUGGGGAGGCCGGAAAAGAAGACACAGUGGAGGGCGAAGAGGAGAAGUUCAACCUGUCGCUCAUGGAGUGUACCAUCUGCAACGAGAUUGUGCAUCCGGGCUGCUUAAAGAUGGGAAGAGCCGAAGGAGUCAUAAACAACGAGAUUCCAAACUGUUGGGAAUGUCCCAAGUGCAAGAGAGAAGGCAAAUCGAUGAAAGACUCAAGCGACGGCACGGGGAAGCGGCGGUCCGACAACGGUGAGGAGGGGGUCCGGUGGAAGCUGACGGACGAACCUGCUCAGAACAAGAAGAAGUUGGCUCCGGCCCCACCUCUUCCCCCACCGCCCACCGAGGAGACCCAAGUCCAAGCUGGAGUCCACAAGCGCAAGAAGGAGAAGGAGCUGCCGCCCCCUGACACGGGGCCCAAGAAAAAGUUAAAAGGCACACGGGAAAAGCAUUUGAAAAAGGCCACCGAGCAGCCCUCCGACGGGAACAAGUUGCAAUCGAUGCAGACCUGGAGUCGCACGGGCAGCGGGGACUUUGAGGUGAAGGGCCCCAUCUCCCACCCAUCCAUCCACCUGAACCAGAUCACGGCCAGCGACUUGGAGAAACCGAAGGUUCCUCCCGGCCCCUUGGAGCCCUCUGCCCAGUCGGACAAGUCCCACCAGCGCGAGAAGCUGGAGCGUUUCAAGCAGAUGUGCCAGAUGUUGGAGCGGGUGAAGAACAGCAGCAGCUCGAGCUCCAGUUCGGACUCUGACUCCGACACGGACUCCCGGGGCUCCGACGGCUCCAGCGGGGGCACGGCGCGUAACGGCAAGCAGCCAAAAGCGCGCGGGAACUCUCAGGAGAAAGAGAACAAUCACCGUCCGUCCAGCAGGGGGAGCGAGCGAGGCAAGCAGCAGGCGGGCGGCCGCAAGGCGGGCCGGCCUGCCGGGCAGACAGGACUCCGCAUGGUGGCCCGGACUCAGUUCCUCAACUGGCCCCUGGUGCCCUCCCCUCCCAAGCCUCUGCUACAGCUGGAGAGGCACGUGGUCCGACCUCCCCCCGACAGCCCCGAGCCCGACUCCUUGCCCCUGGAUAGCGGCUCCGACCACAUCAUGCAGCGGGAUGUUUGGUUGGCCGUCUUCCAAUACCUCAGCUAUCGGGAGCUGUGCGUCUGCAUGAGGGUAUGCCGGACAUGGAGCCGUUGGUGCUGUGACAAGCGGCUCUGGACGCACAUUGACCUGAGCCGUCGGAAAUCCAUCACUCCCUCCAUGCUGAGCGGCAUCAUCCGCCGGCAGCCGGCCAGCCUCGACCUAAGCUGGACCAACAUCUCCAAGAAGCAGCUCAUGUGGCUCCUGAACAGGCUACAAGGCCUCAAGGAGCUCAUCCUGACAGGCUGCUCUUGGUGCUCCGUGUCGGCUCUCAGCACCGCCAGCUUCCCCUCUCUGCGGCUCCUGGACUUGCGCUGGAUCGAGGACGUCAAGGACUCGCACCUCCGUGAGCUGCUGCUGCCUGCCACAGACGCCAAGCCGGGCCAGACCGACAGUCGGGGCCGGCUCCAGAAUGUCUCUGAGCUGCGUCUCUCCGGGCUGGACAUCACGGACUCCUCGUUACGUCUGGUGAUCCGGCACACCCCCCAGCUUGCCAAACUGGACCUGAGCCACUGCAACCACGUGGGCGACCAGUCUGUUAACCUGCUGACCGCUGCUAACUCCCCGCUCCGAGAAACCCUCACCGAGCUCAACCUCGCCGGGUGCAACCGGCUGACAGAUCAGUGUCUGCCCCUUUUCCGCCGCUGCCCUCGCCUCUCCCUCAUCGACCUGCGCUCUUGCCACCACGUCACGCCCGAGGCCUGCGCCCGCUUUGCCGAGGACUCUGUCUCCAACAGCACCUCCGUCCCUCCCGCCCCUGGCUCGGUGCCCCCCGGGCCUCCGUUCCGUUGCCCCGAGGAGAAAUUGCUGCUGAAGGACAGCUAAUACCCGCCCUGGGGUGGAGGCGUGAGGAGACUUGGCCUCGCCAGUCGGACGACCAGACCGGACACGGACUCUGAGAGAACCUUUUUACUUAAAGCCAUGCACUGAACCGGAGUGGCGUCUCCACCCCCUUUAUGUGCGCAGCAGAGAGGGUGGAGGGCUGUGCUCCCCCCAUCUGGCCUGUAAGGGGGGGGCAGGCCACCUCUCGCUCCACCCCCGCGCCCUCCCCCCCUCGUUCCAGGAUGGAGCCACGGAGUAAG